UGUUGAAGAUUUUGGCGCUCAAAAACAGAUCCCAAGAGUUGGACAGGAAGCAAUGUUCUUGGAUCAAAUCCAUAUAUCUUUGCAAAAACCUAUUCCUGAACGAUGCGAAGAUGUCAGAAGAAUGAUACAGGAGUGGAAUAUCAAGGAUCUCCAUGUUUUAUACCCCCAUCUUCUUGCAAGUAUUUUCAGUGUGACUCCAGGGAAAGGCUGGGCUCUACACACCCCACACUCCAGAUCACUGGAUGCUUUCCGUCAUUUCCUCGGUCCCCAUGGUCCGGUGUGGAGUCUGGUUGAAAAACUCGACAGAGAUUCUUUCCUUCGAUACGAGUUCCCUGUGAUAUGCUUGCCAAAACCAACUCAGCGUCUGUUUACUGAAGGAAUCAUUCCAACAAUGUAUUAUAACAAAGUCCAGUUUAACAAUGACAGCAGAACAUCAUUAGUUUUAAGCACAGGUGCUGUGGAAUAUUUUCUCUAUCAGUUUGCAUAUUUCAUAACGCAAAGUAGCUCACCUUGGGACAGCACCAGAGCGGCUGACCGAAGCCAUGACACAAUCUACACGGCUUUGUUCUCAGAAUUCUUGGAGUAUUUUCUUCCAUCGCAAACCAUGACAUUACCAGCACAUUCGUCUGGAAACAGAGCACAGCAGCAGCCGAAAUUGACGCCAAGGAAGUACUUCCGAUGUGAACCUGUAUGUGAAGAAGUCAAACAAAGCAUGUAAGUGUAGUUUACAAGCCGUCAUCGGUAGUUAACAUUCUCCCACCGGGGAACAUAUACGGAGGUAAUAAUCUCCUGCCAGAAAAUAUACGGUAACCGAUUUGUAGUUAACAUUCCCCCACCGGGGAACAUAUACAGAGGAGCCUGAGGAGGUAAUAAUCUCGUGCCAGAAAACAUAUACGGUAAUCUAUCCGUGGGUAAUUUUGUCUCAACGGGGAACAUAUACGGAAGAAGUAAUAAUCUCGUGCCAGAAAACAUUUACGUUAAUCUAUCCGUGGGCAAUUUUGUCCCACCGGAAAACAUAUACGGUGAUCUAUCGGUCGGCACUAUUAACCGACCAGGUGAUAGGCAGAAUAGCUGCGCGGUGAUGCCAGAGGAAAUUUAUGGACCAAAUGUCAAUACCCUAAGUGUACACAACUAUCCCAGCAGUGUGACCUCAGAGAAU